AUGCGGCCCCCAACCUCCAGGGGGCCUCCUGCUGCUGCUUCCUUUCCUGAUGCUGCUGCUGCUGCUGCUGCUGCUGCCACUACUUAUGCUGCUGCUGCUUCCGUCGGCCCUGUUGAGGCGACCUUUCUUGAAGCUUAUCGUGCGGGAGCCGCUGCCCCUGCUGUUGCUGCUGCUGUUGCUGCUGUUUCUGUUGCUGUUUCUGCUGCAGCUAUUGAUAUUUCUGGUCACCCAACAACCUCAAAUACAGCAGCAGCAGCAGUAGCAGCAGCAGGACUAGCAAAAAGGUCGGCUCUGGAGACUACAGCUGCGGCAAAUGCAGCAGCAGCAGCAGCAGCAGUAGCAGCAGCAGCAGCAUCAGCAGCAUCAGCAGCAUCUGCAGCGGCAGGCGCCUUUCCAGCAGCAGCACGGACACCCCGAGCAGCAGCAGAUCUAGCUGCAACAGCAACAGCCGCAGCAGCUGCUGCAGAAACAUCUGCAGCAUCAGCAGCAUCCGGAGCCUGCUGCAGAAGCACUGACGCACGGAGUAGCAUCAGCUGCAGCAGCAGCAGCAAGAGCAGCAGCAACAUCAGCAGCAACAGCGGCAGCAGCAGCAGCAGUAUGCUGAAGGGUAUCACGGUGGAGCUGCCGGCUGAUGCGGCCGCUCUUCAGCGUCGCAAUCAAAAGAAAUCGCACAAGAAGAAAAAGAAAGAGAAGAAAAGCAAGAAAAAACACAAGCGCAGCAGCAGCAGCAGCAGCAGCGAUGAAGCCGUUAUUGUGUCUCCCCCCAGAGCGGCAGAGCCUUCCCAGCCUGCGUCAUCACCAGCAACAGCUGCAGCAGCAGCAGAAGCAGCAGCAGCAGACCUUCAAGUGCUCCAGAACCUUCUAGCCAAUCCAUUUGCCUCUUCAGCUUCUACAGGAGGAGGAGGAGCAGCAGCAGCAGCAGCACCAGCAGCAGCACCAGCAGCAGCACCAGCAGCAGCACCAGCAGCAGCAACUCCGGGAACAGCCCUGCAGCAGGGCCGCGAGGCCCUCAGGGCUUUCAUCUCGGGGGAGUCUCCAAGCUAUCGUAAAACAGCAGCAGCAGCAGCAGCAGCAGAGACUGAGAGUGUGGCGGCACAGCGCGAAUUAAACCCUUACUACAGAGGGGGAGGGUCUGGGCUACCACCCGAAGGCUCUCCAGCAGCAGAAGAGCCUGCUGCUGCUGCUGCUUCAUUGUCUCCUGGAGCGCAGCUGUGGCAGCGGCGUCAGCUGCUGCGGCUGCAGCAGCAAGCAGCAAAAGAAGGGAUUCCUUUAUCUGCUGCUCUCCAGAGACACUUCGGCUCUUUAACUGAGGAGGCGCUUGAAUCCUUUCAGAAAAUACUGGCCCAGCCAGAGGGCCCCAGGGGGGGCCCCCGGGGGCCCCCUAGUAGGGGGUAUGGGGGCCCCCGGGGGGCCCCCCGUGGGGCCCCCCCAUUUCAGAGGGAUCCCCCAGAGCGCCCCGCUGAGGCCCUGGGGGAUCGAUUCCGGGAUCGUGUUGGGGAUCGUGUUGAAGCAGCGGGGGAACGUCGUGGGGAUCGGGAGGCGCUACGGGAUCGUCUCCGGGAACGGGAAGCAGCGCGUGGGGAUCGGUUUGAAAGACAACUCCAGGGGAGUUUCGGGGGUGGGGAUCGAUUUGCAGGACUUGGGGAUCGGGUUGGGGAUCGUGUGGGGGAUCGGUUUGCGGGGCUGGGGGAUCGUGUUGGGGAUCGCUCAGAGAGUGUGGGGGAUCGUGCUGGGGAUCGUGUUGGGGAUCGGCCUUUUGGGGGAUCGUCUGGGGGACGGUGGCAGCAGGAGAGGGGGAGGAAAGAAACUGUCUCUGAGUCAUCUCUUAGCAAGUUGGAGAGGAAGCUGCUCUUCAUUAAGCAGCAAGCGCAAGACAGCAGCAGCAGCAACGACAACAGCAGCAGCAGCAGCAGCAGCAGCAGUAGUAGUAGUAGUAGUAGCAAGAACUACAGUGAACGACCCACGUCAGAUGCAAAUGCAACUGGCAGCAGCAGAAGCAGCAGCAGCAACGACAACAGCAGUAGCAGCAACGACAACAGCAGCAGCAGCAGCAGCAGCGCCAGCAGCAGCAGCAGCAGCAGCAUUGAUGAUUUGAAUGCUUUGUCUGCGAAGGCAUUAAGGGCCCGCCUAAAAGGAGACAUUGAAACUGCACAGAGAUUAGAGGGCCUCAUCGCUGUGCAGAGUUUAGGGGGUAAAGGAAUCAAGGCUGCGUCUGCUGCUGCACCAGAGGUUGCUGCUGCAGCAGCAGCAACAACAGCAGCAGCAGCCUUCAGGCCGCAGAGACAGACAAAAGAAAAGGAGACAAUUCAAGAUGCCCCCAGAGGAACUAAAAGAAAGACGCACGACGAGCAACCCACUGACUACAGCUCUCUGAGUGUGUUAGAGAUGGCCAGAGAGGAGAAGACCUUGUCCGGCGUAGCAAACGAAAGAGCGAUGAACAGACGCCUAAUUGCAGCAGUGACGGGGCUGGAGGAGGAGGCGUUCGAGUGCAUGCGGAAUUAUAUGAAGAGUUUAGUAGCUUUCUUUUCAAAGAGAGGGCAAGCCCCUCUCUUUAUAGAGACGGUCCCUAAACAGAAUGCUGCAGACAGACAGCUAGCUGGCUUGGGGCCCCACACUGAAGUUGAUGUGCUGCCUCUACCUGUAGACAGACUCCAAGAAGCAAGACUGUACUUCCGCAAGGCCUUUGCGGAGUCUGAGGGGUUUUGGCAAAGCCACAAAACUGUUAUUGAAGCAAAAGGAAGGGGAGGCGUGAGAGGGACAAUCCCCAAGGGUUUCCCAUACAUUUACGUUGACUUCUCCUUGGAGGACGGGUUGGCUCACGUUAUUGAAGACGGCGAAGAGUUCAGCCGCGCGUUUGGGCGCGAAGUGUUUUUAGGGAUGUUGGAGUUAGAGAAGACAGAAAGGCCUUUUAGAGACAUGAGGCUUUAUAAAGAAAAUGUUCAGAGGCUAAGGCGGGAGUAUGCUCCCUUCGACUGGGUACAGGUGCAGCAACGAGCAGAUGCUUGA